CGCAGGCGCGUACGCACGCCCGACAAAAUGGCGUCAAUAUCAACUUCAUAUAUUAAAAUAAGCAGCAUGAUUAUUUGAAGUUAUAUGAAUACUUGAGUGAGUCCAUUAGCAUUAUCGGCUGUGCUUGACAGACGUUUUGAAGUGCAUAAGAGUAUGUUAAUAACCUUUGUUUAUGACUCAAGAUAUGACUCUAUUUUAAGAUGAUUCAGAACUCAAGGAUAAUAUUAAAAUGAUUUGAAAAAGAAGAAUAAGAACUAUUAGGCUGCAGUAAUUAUUUUGGCUAGCAGCGAAGGCUCGAGCGUGCGGGAACCGCGGUCGAACCUUAUUAACAGGUGAGGCGCGACGCCACACAGAACAUGAUACUAAGAUUGCAGUGCCCCUUCACGCAGACAUCGCUCGCUAGCUUACGACAAGCGCCCGCCUCCGGGCACUCCGCCGGGCCGGCCUGGUGGACCAUGAUGAACGGCGUCGGCGGCGCCCUGUACGAGGAGGCGCACGCCUCGCCCCCGGGCGGCUCGCCCCCCGCGGCCCCGGCGGCUGCUCCUCCGUCGGCCUCCUCCGCGUCGCCGGCGUCCGUGGGCUCCAACCCUCCCCAGCCGCUGCACAUCCCGGCCAAGCGCUACGAGCCCGAGCCGGGCGUCAUCCGCCACGCGCAGCAGUCCUGGGGCUACCCCCCGGACGGCUCCUUCGAGCACCAGUACCCGGCGGGGCCGACGUAUUACAACAUCCCGGUGGAGAGAGAACGCAAGUCGGCGUUACCGUUCUGGCCGGCCAGCGGUGGGGAAUACAAGCCGUACACGGACGGCUGUCACCAAGGGUUCUCCCAGCCGUGCUGGAACUACCCGUACGGAGCGCCGCGGGGCGACCAGCCCCUGCCCUACGUAGGCGACGAGAGACGAGCUGCAGUCUCUGAGGCGUCUGGCUUCUCUCACGAUGCCUACGGCCUCCGCAACUACGCUCCUGAGUCAGUGUCCAGUGCACCAUACCCACCUUCAAGCGCCUUACCAGGUUCGCUCUCCAUGUCUGUGGGAGUGGGCGUUGGUUGUGGAUCAUCGAAUCCUCUGGAUUGGACUGGCCAGGUCUCCGUGCGCAAAAAACGCAAGCCAUACUCAAAGUUCCAAACACUUGAAUUAGAGAAAGAGUUCCUUUUCAACGCUUACGUGUCCAAACAAAAGAGAUGGGAACUGGCGAGGAAUCUGAACCUCACCGAGAGGCAGGUGAAGAUAUGGUUCCAGAACAGACGGAUGAAGAAUAAGAAGAAUUCGCAGAGGCAAGCGGCACAGGCGGCACAAAAUAACAAUAAUAAUUCAAACGCCAAUAACCACAACCACCAUAGUGCGCAUCAUCAUGCCCCUCACCAUGUGGCGCUGCACCACGCCCCGCCAGCGAAACACCACCAGUGACCCGCGCCUUUCUCUGGGACUUAUCCCCUUCACCACGGUAUUCCCAGCUAAAUCCGAAGGUGUAGUUCCAAAGGACUCGAGUGAAGUUUCUGAUGGUUGUACUUAAAGGUCGACGUCCAAAGUUAGCCAAUAGACUAAAAGGGCUUUAACGUGUGGUAGGUAUAGGAACGCAAUAUUGACGCUUUUAACCAGUGCAGUGCCACGACUAGUGCGCGCGAUAGGCGAGUCCCAGAGAAUCUCAUUAUAAUAAUGUUUCGUCUUAUGUGUAUAGUAUUAAUUACAAAUUAUGUGCAUGUAAUAUCGAAACUAGUAGUAUAUAUGUAGUUACGAUUCCUGAUAUUGAUAAAGCUAGAUAUUAUUGUAUUUGAAGUUAUAUAAGUGUCCACUUAUGCAAUUGAGCAUAUGAAUAUUUCUAGUUUAUUGAAAUGGAUUUUUGUACAAUAUUUGUGAGACUGCUUAUUGUUGUAUUACUUGGAGUAUUUAAUCAACCGAAGACGGCAUGGAUGGAUGGUAGUUUUCAAUAAUACGACUCAUACCCGUAAUAUUACAUAAGGUUCAUGCACACAGCUAAGAUUCUUGUUUGUUGUGCGUAAUUGUUUAUUUGUGAGCUCAUUUUUAUUGUGUGCGUGCGUAACAAUAUAGCCGUUAGUUUUUUGAUUUGCUCUGUGUGCGUUAGAAAUGUCCUUUAAAGGACAAUCAUUAUAGUUGCGAUAUGGGCGUCGUGCGCAUGUCAUCUUCUUUUGAUUAAAUGCUCUAAGUUGUUUUCUUAUCGCUGUUCAAUUCUUAAUCAGUUACAUUUAUUUUCGUUACCAAAUUGUUGAAUUAUUUGGGUUAAUUUGGUGGCAGUUGUCUUUGAAAAAUAUUUUUACUUGUACUCUCAUAAUAUUAUUGUGUCAAGAUUGAUCAAAUAUUUAUUAAUGUUUAUUUUCUAUCUAAUGAAUUUUUGUUAUUUAAAUUAUGGAUUUCUGACAAAGCUUUAACUUGGUUCCAGUAGUUACAUUAAGUUACUGUUGUUUGAUAUUGAAGUUGAUGUUAUAACUAAAAAAACGAAGCUUGCUGAAGACCAUUGUCUCUCUUCCAUCUCAGUAUUUUAAUGAUAUCAAAGGAAAGCUUCAUCAUAGGAAAAAAAUGUCCAAGCUCACACUUAUAAAGAAAAAAGAAAGAAAUAUAAAGUUACAAACGAUUAUCAGUUCGAGGGCUUUUUCUGACAUAGUCUCGGGGCAACAAAAGAGUGGAGGCCCCCCAGGGGCCAUAUUUUGGGGCCAGCCCCAAGAUAUUUUCCAAAUGAAAUGGUCAAUUUAGUUUUUCGUGUAAGAAAAUAUACAUCGACGAUUUCUGUUUAUCUUGAAUAUAAUCAUGUUUAUACAAAUUAUUGUAGGUUAAAUUAAAAUGCGAAAGAAACGAAAGAAAAGUUGUUCAUUAGUCUGAAUUUGAAUUUUUUUUCCGAUGUCUCUAUUGUGGCUGUAGCCCCAGUUGCCCUCCGCCGAAUCGGGCCCUGUUGUGUUACGGUUUGAAAGGCGCCGUAGAUAGUAUCAUUCAAAUUCAAAUAUUUUUAUUCAAAAUAGGAUAUGAAAUCAUUUAUUGAGAGUCAAAAACUUCUACACAUUUGGAAAUGAAUGCCUCAGACCUGAGAAAAACGCAAGAAACUCAGAGGAAUUCUUUUAUUUGUCAUUAAAUAGCCUGAUAGCAGUCGCUCCAUUCCCAAUCAGUGGAUUACUAAGAAAGUCAUUAAUUAUGUUAUAGUAACAUUUACCAUUACUGGGCUUUUGAGACCUAACGUCUUAUUAAAAAAGUUUUUUUGUAUACAUGUUUUCAUUCAUACAAAUUAAAUCAAUGUGAGCAACGAUAUUUUUGAUCUUUAUUUAACUUUUUUUUAUUAAAAUUUCAUAUGUUAAAGCACUUGUUUGAUAUCUUUAAAUUAUUGGGAUAUGUUAGAGAGACGCCGGGUAUUCAGAGAGCCUUGUCUUUAAAACUUAGGUGAUAGGGGCAGGUGCAUUAUUGUCCUAUGACUCAUUUUAAUUUCGCUUAAGACGAUCUUUUCGCUUUUUUGUUUUAGUUAAAUAUUUUAUUAUUUAUUUAUAUACUUACAGCCUUUAUCGUCAUUUAUAGCUGUAUUUUACUGUAGUACAUCGAAUUAAAUCUCUAAAUAUGUACAGUUUUCUAUUGUAAGUGUAUUCGUAUAAGUAACAUGAAAAGUCAUACCAUGUUUAAGGUUAUCAUAAUAUAGCUUCGUACUUUCCUAUUGUAUCGUAUCUAUGUAAUUGUUCUAUGGUAGUACAUAUGCUAUAUCUGUUGUUCUGGCAUAGAUGGUUAGAUGUUUGUACAAAAUGGCGACCUCGUCUAGUUGACCGAAUUUCUACAUUAGCGCAAAUCCAUCUUAACUUCUGUGCAUUUAUGAAACUAAACCACUCCUUUUAUCUACUAGUUUUGAGGCAAUAACCCUGUUAAAUAGUAUAUACACAAGCAAUAUACGCUUAAAUUUUUGCAAUAGCUUAAGUAAUACAGAGACGAAUCCUCAAGAAUCUCAUUGAGUUUUAGACCUCUUGCUUAAAGACAUGGAUGAAAAUUAAUAUUCAUUUAAUUUUGAACCUUUAUAUCAUGAAUAAAAUCGGGUUUUAUCGACAUAUUUAUUUAAGCUAGUUACUGAUAUAGCGAACAUAAGUUACCCUAUUUUAUAUAAAAGGUGUGGUUCCUUAUCCCAUAUAAUAUAUCUAAUAAACUUUGUAUCUAAAUAGUAACUGCCAUACAUAUUAAGCUUCUUCUCCCCUCUGAAAAGCAAAUUUUGAAUUACAAAAGUCAUGUGAAAUUAAUGUCAAUUGUAAACAUAUAAACGACAUAAAAAUAUGUCCCUAAUUAUAAUUACAUGAAACUAAUAUCAUUGAUUGGCCAAGUACUUAGAUUAUGUAAGAAUUGGAUGUGCCAUUUAAAAUAUAAAUUACUCUUCGUGAAUAUUGCUUUUCAGAUUAAGUUAAUGUAGAAUCUAUGUAUAAACCAUAAUUUAAUUCGACUUACGAUUAUAACUAAAUCAUACUUCCUUCUAUCGUUAUAGUUAUAAAAAUUCGUAAACGCUGUACAGAUAAAUUAAUUUAGUUGAAAUCUCGACAGAUCGAGUGUGCGGUUUUGUUAAGUAACAAUAUAUAAUUACCUAAUUGAAUGUGCUCUCAACAGUUAUGACGAAUUUAGAAAAGAAAUGUAAGAAAAAUAAUGAAAAUUAAAUAUUUCGUCGUGUC